AUGUCGAAUAGAAUUCUUGAAUUAAAUCAAAAUCAAUCAUUAUUUUUACCUUAUUAUAAAAAUCUUUUACCAAAAUCGGUUAUUAAUGAAAUAAAUAUACCUAAAAAAAAUCUUAAACGUUGUUCAUCAUCUUAUCGGCAACGUCUUGAACGUAUUAAAACAAAUUGUCAAUUAAUAAGACAACGUCGUCGUCGUUGUUUAUUUCCUAUAUCACCUAUAGAACUUCGUCCAAGUUUAUUUCAACAACGUUCGUAUCAAACAGGUUCAUUAGAAUUAUUAAAUAUUAAUGUUAAUCAUUGGCAAUCAACAAAUCUUUUACAUUUAUCCGAUGAAUAUUUAUAUAAAUGUAAAUAUGCAAUGUAUUCAUCAAAAAAUCGAUGCUUUAAACAAAUUGAAUUUUAUAAUUUUUUAAAAGAAUUUUUUUCUUAUUCAUUAUCAAUAGAUGAAGAUAAUGAUAAUAACAACAACAACCAUGAUUUAAUUCUAUGUCAAUUAUGUAAUUAUAAAUUUCAUUCAAAUAAUAUGUUUAAUUUACAUUUAAAUCGUCGAAGUGUAUCAAUACAAUAUCGUUGUUUAACAUGUCAAUCAUUGAUUAAAACUCUGAAUCCAUGUGAAGCCUAUUAUCAUUUAUUAUCACAUACUAAUAUUUUAAAAGAAAAACGUAUUGGCGAAUUAAGUAUUAAAUGUGAUCGAAAUAGUUGUUUGGUAAGAUGUUUUUGA